UUGCACUGGGCAGCUUUGAACGGCCAUGCUAGCACGGUCUCUCUGCUCCUGACUAUGGAGGCAGAUGUGAACAGUCGUGACAUUCUUGGCUCCACGCCAUUGCAUUAUGCUGCAGAGACUGGGAGAUCGAACGUUGUGGGUUUGCUCUUGAGAGGAGGUGCUAGACCUUUCUUGAUUAACGACUUCGGACGGACAGCUCUCGAUUGGGCU